CAUGCCGUACGCCAACCAGCCCACGGUGCGCAUCACCGAGCUCAGCGACGAGAACGUCAAGUUCAUCAUCGAGAACACCGACCUCGCGGUUGCAAAUUCUAUCCGGAGGGUGUUCAUAGCUGAAGUUCCUACUAUAGCCAUUGACUGGGUCCAGAUAGAUGCCAACUCUUCCGUGCUCCAUGAUGAGUUCAUCGCACACAGAUUGGGUCUGAUCCCCCUCACCAGUGAUGACGUUGUUGAUAAACUGCAGUACUCCAGAGAUUGCAAUUGCGAUGAGUUUUGUCCUGAGUGCUCGGUGGAGUUCACCCUUGAUGUCCGAUGCAAUGAAGACCAGACCCGCCAUGUUACAUCCCGGGACCUCAUCUCGAACAAUCCUCGGGUUAUCCCGGUGACAUCCCGGAGCAGAGAUAAUGACCCCAAUGACUAUGUUGAGCAGGACGACAUCCUCAUCGUCAAGCUACGCAAAGGCCAGGAACUGAGGCUGCGGGCCUAUGCUAAGAAGGGUUUCGGCAAAGAGCAUGCCAAGUGGAACCCCACGGCAGGCGUGGCCUUUGAGUAUGACCCAGACAACGCCCUGCGGCACACAGUGUACCCGAAGCCCGAGGAAUGGCCAAAGAGUGAAUACUCUGAAAUCGAUGAAGAUGAGGCUCAGGCUCCUUAUGAUCCCAAUGGGAAGCCAGAAAGGUUUUACUACAACGUGGAGUCCUGCGGCUCUCUCCGCCCCGAGACCAUCGUCCUCUCAGCCUUGUCUGGCUUGAAGAAGAAACUGAGUGACCUCCAAACCCAGCUGAGUCAGGAGAUCCAGAGCGAGGGAGAGUGA